AUGCAAGUGCUCCCGCACCGCCUCUAUAUUUCCAAGAUAAACCUACUCGGAAACAAGCCUUGUGGAGCAUACAGUGUAUCAACAUCAUACGCACAUAUAUCAAGCCUCAGGCAAUUCGGUUGUCCGUUCAUCAACCAUAGGCAAAGAUAUCACUGCCCUGAAAAACAUUUAAAAGUAUUAAGUUCGGAAAACCUCCGUCAACAAUGGGAGAUAAUCUUGGCCAGCCUUCCAUGGAAAGCCUACUCCACUCAACUGAGGGCGAUCAUGAUAUUUAUCAGCCUGAUCAAUUACUUCUAA